CCACGUCAACAGCAUAUAUUAACAGUUAAAGCUCACACAUUUACAUUUAAGAGACGACUUGGUGCAUAUCAACAUCAUACACACAUCUUCUGAUCUAACCGCCGAAAGAUGGCAGGGGAACAAACACAAACUUUGUACCACCACACAACUAAGGACGGAGCUAAGGGGAUAUUGAAAUCAGGACGUAUCUUGGCAUCGACUGAUAUGAAGAUUGAUGCCACAUAUGGUCAAGGUGUCUAUAUGACCAGUUAUGGUCCGGAGAAAAGCCAGUACCAAAUAGCAUUGAAUAAUUACGGAGAUGGACUCGCAGAACAAAUGUUGCAAGCGGGCAAGACGGACGCGAUUAUAGCCAUUGACAUGCCAAUAAGUCAGUUUAUCAAGGUAAAUUCGGAUCGUGACAUUUAUAUAGCAUACGGAAAUGUCACACUGGCAGACAAGAAAUUCUCUUUCUAUAUCCGAGAUGUUUAUGGAAAUGCUAUAAUUCAAUUACAAUGUAACUCUCACUUGUCAUCAAGAAGUUAUUGUAAUGUGUUUUGAAAUUUAUUCAAUAUAUAAUAUUAGAACCUAAAAA